AUGGCAAAUACAAGUUUCUUAUCACUGCGAAGCAUUCUCGAGAAAGAGAAUACCCUCCUUGGAUCCAACUACCUAGAUUGGUAUAGGAAACUUAAAAUUGUCUUAAGACACGAGAGAAAAAUUUACGUGCUCAAUGAUGAACCACUAAAAGAGCCUACACCCGAUGCUUCAGAUGAAGAUCAGUCAUAUUAUUCACAAUAUAUGGAAAAUGCACUAGAUGUGCAAUGCAUCAUGCUGUCUUCUAUAUCUCCUAAGUUGCAGAGGCAACAUGAGAAUAUGAGUGAUAGGGAGAUUGAUCAUCACUUGUGUGAGCUCUUCCAAGAGAGUGCGAGAGUAGAGAGGUAUGAAAUCUCUCGAGCACUAUUUAAUAUCAUGUUGGAAGAAAGAAACCAAGUUGGGUCUCAUAUACUCAAGAUGAUCAGGUACAUAGAGAGGCUUGAGAGCUUAGGUUCCAAAUUGGAUCAGGACUUAGCUAUUGACCUGCUCUUGUCAUCACUACCUCCAUCAUUUUCCCAGUUCGUGUUGAACUUAAACAUGAACAACAUAGAUAAGAGCUUGACUGAUAUGAUGGUAAUGCUGAAAACCGCUGAGAAGGAUAUGAAGAUAAAUCUUUUACUACAUGCAAUGAUGGUAAGAAAGACCAACAAGUGCCCUAGCACCAGGAAGUUUAAUCCCAUGGCUAAUGCAGUGAAGAAUCCUAGAUAUCAAGCUCAUAAGAAGCUUAAGAAAGGGAUGCAUGUAUCCCAAUUUGAUGAGGGGGCCAUGAGCUUCCAUUGUGGCAAGAAAUGUCACUAG